GUCCAACGAGUAUCCAUCAAACAACCAUUAAGCCAUUUCUCCGAAGCACCACGUGUCUUUCUCUCCAUCUCCGAUUGAGAAGAUGGCAUCUCCGAUUGAGAAGAUGGCAUCUCCGAUGAAUUCCACCGCAAUCCCUAUCUUCUUCCUCUUCCUUAUCACCACCGCUACUCCACUCUCUCUCUCCAAUUCCGCCGCCGCGGAAGACCAAGACCCAACCCCGGCUCCGUGGCCCCACCAGUUCCACGCCGUCCUUUUCAUGAACUUCAGCGGAUCCCUCCAAGUGAUCGACCUCUGGUACGACUGGCCCAACGGCCGAAACUUCAACAUCAUUCAGCACCAGCUCGGGAAGCUCCUCUACGACCUUGAAUGGAACAACGGUACUUCCUUCUUCUACACCCUCGACUCCUCUAGAGAGUGCAAAACCGCCGAAGUUGAGGUCGGGAUUCUCCGGCCGAAUUGGCUCGACGGAGCCCAUUACUUGGGUCAACGCCACGUGGAUGGGUUCCUUUGUAAUGUGUGGGAGAAGGCGGAUUUCAUUACAUACUAUGAAGAUGUCGUCACUAAGAGACCUGUUCAUUGGCUUUUCUACACUGGGAGGGAAGCUCAUGUAAUGACGUUUGAAGUGGGGGCAGCUCUUGAUGAUGCAAAGUGGCAGGCCCCUGUCUACUGCUUUGACAAGAACAAUGAUGCAAAUGAAGCCACAGCCGGUGAUUUUCUGGGAAGGAUGCCUGACGGAGUUCUCAAAGGUUCUGCAGUUCUCUGACUGUCUAGUUUUUCUCAGGGUUUUUGCUUCAUUGUUAUUUUCAAUGGAACAAAAGAAACCAAAAUGAAGAGUAAAUGUUUAA